AUGAUCUUCAGUUGCGGCAUUAGCGGCAGUUCACCAGGACGAAAGCUAAUUGUGUCUGAUAAUCUGCCAUCGGAGGACUUCGCAAAUCGCAGUCUAUCAUCGCAAACCUACCGAUCAUCAUCAGCCGCCUCAACUAGUUCGCCUUCGCCGAGCCGUUCCGAUUCACCGGCUGUACGUGUCGAGGACAUCACUACUGGGAAGUGGACUCGUAUAUCAAGUCGAGUUUCUGUUCGUCCCCUAACACCGUCCGAAGCCGAAUCCGUCUUCGAACGACAACGAAGGCGAAAACGAGAAUCUCGAAAAGGACGAUCGAGGAUGGAGGACCACGACGAGACAAGAAGCAGUAUUGACGGCGGGGGAACCAUAAACAUUCCUACAAGCGAUAGCGCUAAAGAGUUAAUUCCCGAAAGUCCGGGCUCCCGUUCGAAUUAUGGCGAAUUCUACUGGGAUGAGUUCUCCAGGGACACAUCGGGCGAGAACAACUAUCACAACACGUCGUCAUUCGAAGACGACCUCCUUGAUUUCGAGCGUGGUGCUGCUGUAACUCGCCUCGAUCGCACCCAGGAUGACCUCAACAAGUUCCGUCAGCGCAUCGACAACAACGUUGAACAGCAGAAAGAAUACAGUGAGAUGAUGGCGGCUCUGCAGAACAAGGUGCACGAAUACAGAAAACACAUCGCUGAAUUGGAGGGUAAGAUGGUGAGUGCGCGACGACGACAAGCUGACGACGGUGGUUUCACAAUCCUCGACUCCAACGUGUUUCAGGACACCAGUAACAGCUUCCGUGACAUCGAGAUGUGGAGUCCCGCUCGUACACGCGGUGCUGCUACCAACAUCGUAGUGGCUGGAGAUCCUAAUGCGAACUACGAGAUGAUUGCCAGACUGGACGAGGAACGCAGACGCGCUGAUGAGUACCGUAUGCAAUGGGAGAACGAGAGAACUGCUAAGGAGCGUCUGGAGGACGAGAAUGAGAGACUUCGUCGCGAAUUUGACCGCUACGAUCGCGAGUAUCGCGACAAAGAGAGAACAUUUGUGAACAGAGAACGAAACCUUGCCCAGUAUCUCAGCGAUGAACAGAAGAAGAUGAUGGACAUGUGGACUGAGCUUCAGAGAGUUCGCAAACAGUUCGCUGAGCUCAAGGAUCAGACCGAACGUGAUCUGGAUACGCAACGUAACGAAUUCAAUCGCGUGCUAAGGAACGUGUCCAACAUCACGCGUACGAUUUCCGUUGGAGGAGGAGCAGGAGGGGUAGAUCAAGCUGGUGGAGUCAGUGGUCCGUCGUUGGCGAACCUUUUGACCGAUCUAUUGAGUACACGUGAUACCCACCACGCAACCACUUACGAUACUACUAUUAUCGAAGCUGUCAAGAGGUACCGUGACAGAGCAGCUGCCGGUGAUGGUGGUGGAGAUCGUGCGCUUCUGGAAGAACUGAAAGCCAUCCGCGGCACUGGAGGAAGUGAAGGCGAUGCAGAGUUGCAGAAGGAACUUAUGCUGAAGUAUGAGGAAUCCAUUGAGCGUAACAUCGAGCUCGAAUCGAAGGGUGAUGAAAGCCAGAGGAAGAUCGCCGAUUUGGAAGCUGAACUGCGACGCACCAAAGAUAAACUGAACGACAGCACCAAUGCGUUGCGAAAAAUGCACGAAAUCAGCCAAGAUCAUGAGCGCUUGACCGACGGGAGCCAGAAGCGAACGCGUUCUUUGUCACCAGGAAAAUCGCCGUUGCCACCAUCAGAAGCACUUCGAUCGGUGAGAAACGCGCUACGCAACAGGGACAAUGACAUCCAGCAGCUGGAGAGAAAGCUUAAGAUCUCUGAGAGUCAGGUGAAAGAGUUCAUGAAUAAGUUCGAAACCGCUGACGAGACUCGCCGACGACUCGAUAAACAACUUGCUGAUGCUAAGAGAGAAAUCAGUAAUCAGCAAAAGCAGAUCGAUGAGCUGGAGAGAAAUCUUCGUCGCGCCGAGGACAAGUUGCGUGCUUCUGAAUCUGAACGCCAGGCAGCGGACAAAGCGAGAAAGUUCCUCGAAGAGGAGCUAGCACGUCUACAAGCUUCCUAUCAGAAGUCCACCACCGACGAUGUGCGGAAGAUUCGCGACGAGUUGGAUGAGCAGAACAUCAGCAUUGUUGAGGAUCAUAAGAACAGGUGGGUAACAUUGACAAUUUCUUGGAGCAGCAUUGUCUCUCUGGAUUCGUGUGGCACUCGAAUUCCAUUCCAUUUCUUCAGAAUCAACGAGCUCAACAGACGCGUUGAGAAUCUGCUUCGCGAGAACAACAAGCUCAAGACGGAAAUGGCUCCGCUGAAGGAUAAGUUCCGUGAUAUGGAGACCGAGUACAACAAUACGUUGCGUAGGCUCGAUGAAAAGGACUCUCAGAUCAAGUACAUCGAAGAGAUCCGUCGCAACAUCCAACGAGAUCUCGACGAUCAACGUAACCGUAACGAUUUGUUGGCAACGGACCAUGAUAAACUGACAAAUGAUCUCGAAAAUGCACUGAAGACUGCCCAUUUGGCCGAACAGCAAUUGAAGGAACUCAAAGGACAACGUGAUGAUUACCAGAAGCAAAAAGAUGAGCUGUCGCGUCAGCUGUUUGACAUACGCCAUAAGUUCGAGACCGAGCGAAAAACUACACAAGACUUGACUAGAAAUGAGGGCCGAUUCAAUGACGAAAUCGAGAAGCUAAAGCAAACCAUCGACGAUUAUGAGAGACAGGUCAUGCUCCUAAGACGCCAUAAUGACGAGUUCGACACCACAAUCAAGAAUUUGCAAGGCAAGAUCACACAACUUGAAAACGAGGUCCGAUCCAGAACUAGUGAAGUUGAAAAACUCAACGACCUUAACCAAAAGCUGCAGAAGGAGAAGCAGGAGAUCAUGAAUCAAAAGAACAAGGCCGACACCGACAUUCAGACUCUUAAAGAGACGAUUCGCAAGUUGGAGCAGGAACUUGAAAAACUUCGCAAUGAGAACAAAGCCCUUGAGGUGAAGGAAGAACGCGCCCGUGACGCACACAAUCAGCAACUCAACAGAGCCAACCUUUUGGCGAAAGAGCUUGAGGACUCUAAGCAUGAAAUUCAUGAGCUGAACGAUAAGAUCAGGCGUCUGGAGGAAGAAAUUCGCGAUCUUCGCGACAGGAUCAAGGGAGUCAAGGAUACUACAAAGCCAAGAGGCCCGUACAAACCGACUCGUGCCGGAGAUUCGGUCGAAGGUGAUGAAAUUACAAUUCCCGGCGGAACAGAUACUGAUCGUACUACUACUAUUGAUCGUACUACAAUUAUCGAUCGGUACCACGACGAUCUACUCUCCGACUUGCGCAUCAAAGAGAUCAAUGACAAGUGGAAGAUGCAGCUGGAGAAACUCGAAAACGAAAAGGACGAUCUCGAACGUCGCAUCCGUGAGUUGGAGGACGAGCUGGCUCAGAUCGGACGCGGCAACGAACGUCAGGAGAACGAUGUGUCCGAAUUGAAGCGUAAGCAUGCCGUUGAAAUCGACAAACUCCGUUCGGAGAUCAGCUCACUUCACGAUAAGCAUCUCAGUGAUCUUGAUGAUGAAAAGGAACAGUACGCAAAGGCCGUUGAGAACCUCAAAGUUGUGGAAGAAGACCUUCGUGAAAAAGUGCGAAACCUGGAGAAACAACUUGCCGACGCCCUCAAUAGAGAAAACGAUCUUGAGCGUGAACUGCGAGACAGCGAAACCAAAAUUUCUACCCUAGUCACUCAGAAUCAAAAGAUGCGAGAUGACAUGGAGGAUCUGCUUCAAAAAUGGAAGACCGAUGCUUACCAAGUCCGCUCAGAAGCCAAAGCUCUAGAGACCACCAACACCGGUCUCAAAGCACAGCUUCAAGCAGCCAAUGACCGCAUUGAACAUCUCAAUAAGACGGUCAAUGACAGCACUAAUAAGAUUCGCGAUCUGACAUCACAAGUUCGACGCCUUGAAGAGGAACUCACUGAUACCAAGUCGACUCUAGCGCAAAAGGAGUCCGACCUCGAAACCACCACUAAUCGCCUUCGCUCAAUUGAAGAGCAGUAUGCACAACUUCAAAUUGACGCCAGUAAAUGGAGAAGUGAGCUAGACACCGUUCAACGUGAAAACGAUGUACUAAGGAGCGCAAACUCCAACAUGGAGUCUGAACUUGCUCGUCUAAAGAACCGUCUCAAGGUUGCUGAAGACACACUCAAAGAGCUAAAGAACAGUCUGAACCACGUCAAGGCUGAGCGUGAACGCCUUCAAAAUGCUUACCGUGACAAGGCAAAGCAAGCGGAUCACCUCCAGCAACUUUCGCAGCAGUUCGAUUCUAAACUACAGAAAUUGCGUCAGGAACUACAAACCACAUCUGAUAAGCUGAUCACUUCCGACACAGAGCGUACCGCUCUACGUAAUGAGCUCACCAAGCUUCAACAAGAGCUGAAAUUCGGAGCUGAGCAAAUGCAGCGAAAGACUGAUGAGUACCAGUCAACGCUCGAUGACCUAGCAAAUGCACACAGAGUUUCUGAAGAUGGCCGACUGAACGCUCUCCAAGAGCUCGAAAGUCGCAAAUACGAAAUCAGCGACCUGCAGUCACGAUUAGAAGGAACGGAACAGCGUCUAAUCACUCUACAACAAGAUUUUAUCAAUGCAGACGCUGAACGAGACGCACUUGCUGACGCUAUGCGUCGAUUCCAGAACUCUGCCAACCGUGUGAUCAACAUCAGUCGUUACACAAAUGUAAUUGAUGGAGGAGAUGCUCACGUUGAUGGAGGACGAGAUGUUGAGAUUCCACGAGGUUCUGGAGCCCCACUGGAUGACGUCCAGUAUCCACGAUCUGUACCGUUCCCAGUCGGCAUCGACUACACUGGUACACACACAGGCGCAGGCGGUCGCGUAGCCACAACGCUGAAUGGCACGACUACAGUUAACAUCAACGACACCGUCAACGUUACUCAGCUCGAAGACACACUUCAGCAGCUCGUUGGAAGAAUAGACAAGCUAGAGUUGGAACGAAAUGAGCUUCGAGACGCAUUGAAUCGUCUGCGCAAAAAGACGAGUGAAUCGCACACGACAAUCAACAAGCAUGAGACCAGAUAUAAGACGAUUGAGGACAAUUUGAACGACAUUGAAGAAGAUAAGCGAGCUUUGGAAGCCCGAUUGGCGUCUGCAAAGCAGCUUCUUCGCUCCCAGGAAGAAGCGCUCAAACAGCGCGAUGAGGAGCGUCGACAGAUGAAGUCGAAAAUGGUGGCCGCCGAGUUGCAAGCUCGAGGCAAAGAGGCUCAACUCAGACACCUCAACGAACAACUCAAGAAUCUGCGUACUGAUCUGGAAAAUGCUCAUGCCGACAUUCGUGCACUGCGAGACAGGGAGGAGAGCUGGGAUGCAAGUCGAUUCCAGCUGGAGAGCAAGAUGAGAGAACAAGAUAGUCACACUCAAAAAUUGCAAAUGCAGAUUUCUUCGUUCGAAAGCGAAAGACAGAGUCUCAUGGAGAAGGUCAAAGAACUCGACGGCGCACUUCGUCUCAGCGAGACCAAGGUUCAGGAUAUGCGAGACGAUGCCGAGAAGCUGAAGAGGGAUCUGGCGAAAGCCGAAUCGUAUGAGAUUGAAUUGCGCAAACACACAGAGCUACAAAGCAAGUCUGGCAGUGAACUACAGAUGUUGAAGGACCAACUGCUAAACGCCCAGAAUGAUCUGAGCUCAACAAAUACACGUAAGACACAGCUCGAAUCUGAACUUCUCAACCUACGCUCCGAAUUACGUGAUUACAAACAACGCGUACACGAUGUCAACAGUCGAGCAUCUGAGCUUCAACGUCAACUGCAAGAUUCGAACUCGGAGAAGAAUCGUUUAGAGGAUAGAAUACUGACUAUGGAGAAGAAUCUCAACCAACAACGCACUACUGAAAAUGAACUGCGACAGCAACUGGACACUGCCAAGAAUGAUAAGAGAGCCGUGAGCAAGGAACUCGAGGAGUUGAAACGUCUCGUCGCACAGCUUGAGAACGACAGACGUGCUAACUCUCAGCUUCUGGAGAAUUGGAAGAAAGACAAAUUCAUGCUUCAAAAGAAAAUUGAGAUGCUCGAAACCGAAAAGAGAAGAACGGAGGCGGCGAUUCGUGAGACGGCAUUGCAGCGGGAGGCUAUUGAGAAAUCUCUCAACGCUAUGGAACGUGAAAACAAAGAACUCUACAAAAACUGCGCCCAACUGCAACAACAGAUCGCACAACUUGAAAUGGAAAACGGCAAUCGUAUCCUGGAACUAACUAAUAAGCAACGACGAAGAACAAGAAAGACAGCUGCAAAGAAUGCGCCAGGAGAAAGGCCAGACCAGAUUGCCAUCCUUCGUGACCAACUUGACGGAGAACGCAGAAGGCGCAGAGAUUUCGUUGACCGCUCAUUGGUUAACGACAUCGGACGCCUUGGUGGGCAUGUGCUCGGAAUCAGAAGCUAUGGAGAUAGUGGACUGGACAAUAUUCUACAUGGUGGUAGCCGCUCAGUCGGAUUCAUACCACGUUCGACAUUUGUAUCAAACCCACUCACACCACCGCUUGGAACCUCAACGCCAACUCAUAACAGAACUCUAGCCGACUAUCGUGAUUCGACAACCUCAUACAGUCGCCGUGGCGCUGACGAUACUGGUUCGGUCUACGGCGGAUCGGUACGCGAUCGUGACUCGGUCUAUGGUGGGGUUGGAAGUGGCGGUCGUGACAGUGUGUACGGCGGACGCGACAGUUCAUUCGGACGCGAUUCCGUUCGUGAAAAGGAUCCUUCCGUCGUAGAUAUACCACUGAAUCGUGGUACUAGUGGUGGUGCUGGUGGUGACAGUUCCAUGCCAUCAUCGUUGCACUCAUCCAUGCAUGGUUCUAGAUAUGAUACCCUAGCACCUAACCGAGAUGAUCUGUAA